UAGCAGACGACAUUGGUCUAUCUAAAAAAAAUUAUAAAAAUAGACCACAUUUCUAAGGCUCAAAGCUAUUCAAUCGCAGUCUUCUCAUUUCCUCCUUUAAAUUUUAAAUAGAAUAUACGUAGGUAGGAUGUACAAGCUGCAACCUUUAUUUAAGUCGGUAGUGGAGACUCCGCAUCCGAGUUGUGUCUAUAAAAUGAAAAAAAUCAGUGACCAUUUUAAUCACAAUAUUGCUGCCAAUAAUGACGGGACUGGGGAAAACACUCAGAAUGACGCAACUUCCAACAACUGCGAGGUGGAAGAGCUGGAAAAACGUUGGACAGAGAUCACUUCCAGACUUCAGAGACUUCAAUCUGAACUUGCUGCAAUUAAAACUGGUUCAGCGUCUGAAUUGUCUUCCUUCGUAGAUGCUGGGCCGGCUCCACCGUUGACUAUCAAGACACUGGCAGUCCAGCAGGAUUUGCUGGUUCUUCGUAUUUCUUCCCUCAUGACUUCACUCUUUGAGCUCAAGUCGAGAUUGGCGCUGAUGGAUGACCCUCAGAGUAUAUCCAGUACCACUGUUCUACAACUGCAGCAAAGGUCCUUGCUGGAGCGUAUCAGAGAACUCAAUGAUGAGAUUCAAAGCAUCAGUUAUGCACUGAACAAUAAUAACAAUAAUGGCAAGGUGCCCAUUACUCCGCAGCUCCCGUGCUGUACUGAGAAGACAGAUAUUGUAGGAUCAGGGGUUCGAAACUUCCAAGAUUUGGUGAUCCAAGCUAGCCCAUCUAAUCCUCCGCAUUCACUGCCGCUGUUGAAGCAACGAAUGGAAAUGCUCGGCAUGUCCGUCUACGCCAGGACGCACGUCCAUUCGACGGUUGCUGGACACAAACUGCUGGAUGAUACUCUUAAAUCUUUCGUAUGCUCCGAUUCACGUGUAGAACGAUCCAAAGCUCACGUAGCGAUAACUCUAAUCUGGAUUAAAGAUGAUGGCGAAGAGCCUUCCCUUAUGGUAUCACCCUCAUCUCAGGGUGUAGCCAUUAAAGGCGAAGCCAAUAUUGCCCGAUAUUUGGCUAGACUGUUGCCUGGGUUAUUGGAUUACGAAAGCCAACCGUUGAAGGCUGCUCAAAUCGACCACUAUCUCGACCUGACGGAAUGCUCUGCGCCCCUGGGAGCACGAGGAUUGAAACGAGAUCGGGCGGCUGCGUUGCAAUUACUGGAAAGAACUCUCUCCACCAAUAAAUCUCUCGAAGGCAGCCAUGUCGGAGUAGUAGACUUUGUAGUCUAUUCAGCGUUGGUGAACUCUUGCACGGAGAAGGAGAUUGGCACGAAUAUCCGCUCCUGGAUGGACCGUUGCCGAUCCACCGUCAAAAAGGCGAACGCUACCACGUCGCCAUCAGACAGCAAGCGCAGUAAUUUGGAGAAAUAUCUACUGGAACUUGGCAUCGCUUUUCGGACCGUCGAGCAUCCGGCCGUCUUUACCGUGGCAGCUAUGAUGGAGCAUAUUUCGCAUUUAGUCGGCUUUCACGCCAAGAAUCUUUUGGUGAAGGACAAGAAAACGAGCAAAUUGUACCUCAUCACCGCCCGUCACGACGCCACCGUCCAACUCGGCCAAAUUUCCAAAGUUAUUGGCGCCAAAGAGCUCCGAUUCGCUGACGCCGAGACGCUCGAAGCGAGUCUAGGCGUUCAGCAAGGAUCGGUGACGCCUCUCGCCUUGUUGAACGACGCCCAGGAGCAUCGAGUCACUUUUGUUUUGGACGGCCAACUUUGGAGCGAAAAGAACAGCGACGGUCAAGAUUCUUAUUUGAACUUUCACCCAAUGACCAACGAGGCCACGACUAGCAUCACCGUCGCCGGAUUCAAAAUAUUUCUCAAGGCAACCGGACACGAGCCAGUCAUCAUUCAACUCUGAAUAUACGCCAAGCUCCUUUUGCUGUUGUGUGCAAAAAUGUAUUGAUGCCGCCGCGACGCUCUCGUGUGUCGUAGGACACAACACCAAACUGUGCAGUAAUGAAUACACCCAGCAUCACCUCCCGGAAUUGACCUCAUUCUCUUGCCCACUUCUUAUAGUUUUACCUGAUUGGUUUCACCAGGUAACACAAAUUUAAAAAAUUUCUUCGUAGUUAGUUUACGCUGCCAUCCAUCAGUUUUCUAAAUCUUGGUUCAAUUUUUCACGCCGUCCAAAUCACGCGCGCGCGAGUUUUGAAUGAAAAAUCUCAUUUAAGCUAAUUUGUAGGUGGGCUUCUCUCUCUCUCUUCUCACGAAGGCCGUCCGUGUCUCUUUUUUUUAAUGUAUACUUUUUAAGAGAUCAGGGCCAUUGACACCGUUGGCUGCCAUCUUUCUUCUUCUUCUUUUUUCCCCGAAAAAUCGCCCAGUGAGUAGGUCAGUCAGGCGCAUGCAGGCGAGAUUCUCGGUUAGGUUUCUCUCCUUUUGGGCUUUACAUAACACACACUACUUGGUAUCGUAUAGAGCUGCACGCAAACACCCGAAAGAAAAAACUUUUUUACGACCAAGUCACGUCGGUUCAUAAUUCACGGCUCUCACUUGGCGGCAAGCAAAUAAGCGCAGCCCAACCAGCGUGAUGAUAGCGAACCAUUUUUGUUUGAGGUUGCUUCUUUUUUUCGAGCUUUAUAGUAGUGCUCCCAUAUUCUUCUUUUUAGGAUGUUUGAUGUUCCUCGACUGUGUUAUAUACACAUUUGAUGCUACCACUACCUGGCCCGCUGGGUUAUAUUAUAUUAUUCACAGUCAGGUAUAGACUGGGCUAUACUCGGGAUCGACGUCAAACAGGGCAGAUGGUAUGGCCCUAUUGAGGCUAGUUGAAUGGCCGGUCGAGAACACUGAGAGAGAGUCUUAGUCCAUAAAGAGAGCAGUCGUUUUGACUCUUGACGCGCGAGCGGGCACUUUAAAUCUAUUGAAUUCAAAAAUGGAAAUGCUUUUUUUCUUUUUUAAAGCUUCCCUUUUUAUUGUAUUUAGACAUUGAAGCCAUUUUGUUUUCUCGGCUGUUUAGGCUCGAGGUUACAAACAACCCAAAAAAAGAAGAAAAAAAGAAAUAGAUUUACGAGGGUUGUAACACCUGCUGAUUGAUCUGCCGCCACAUGUCCAGGUGGUCGACUCAGCGUGUAUAGUAAAAAAAAAAAGUAGAUCGCUCGCAGUACUCUGUUGCAGUCCGCUUCUAUUGUCUUUAUUCUCAACCAAAUCGAAUUUUUCCUUGGUAAUAUCUAAAUUCGUAGAACUGCUCGACCUACAAUGUAAUUGAAGCUGGCUGGAGCCUUGAGGUGUUUUAUAACAGAUCGAAAAUCUCUUCUUCUUCCUGCUGCUGCUGUGUAUCAAUCGCCGCUCACCAUUUAAAAGGCCCGCAGCAUUAUCUAGGAGAAAAAAAAAGAGCUUUAGCCCAUCAUAAUCAUAAUAACGGAGCGAUAGAAUAUGUAUAGUAAGGGGAGGAUUGCUGUUGACUGGGGCUCGUGCGACCGUUAUAACCAUAUCACCAAGGGCCCAGGGUAUGUAUACAUCAACGGUUCCCUUUUUUUCAUCCCCCUGGCCGAGGACAAUCGACACAGCAGCAGCAGCCCUACGAUAUUGGCACACCUGCCCUUUUCUUCAUAGGCCUACCGUGUGUACAUACAAGAGUCCAUCUGGUUUUCCGAUGAUAUAUAGAGACGUAAAGGGACGACAACCACCGGCCCAUCAUCAGAUCAUCAGCACCCCAAUGUCUGUUGUGUGUGUGGACAUGGAGGGCCAGCAGAAAUAUACGUGCCACACACUCGUUUGUUCAAACCAUCUUUUGUAAAAGAGGGGGGAAACGAAAAAAUUUGUGAAAUCAUCUGCUCCUCUUUUUGUGGCGCGAGAAAUUCCAGGAGAAUUCGGAAAAAAAAUAUCCAGGAAAGGUUUUUUAUUUUCCGUGAGAGCUUGUAACAUACAAGAUUUUCAAGGAAAAGGUUAUUUAAGGAAAAAGAACGGGACCGGUUGGUUUGUUAUAAGAAAUGUUUUUUUUUGUAUGAUGAAUUGAGCCCGUGAUUGGGUCCCAUUGUUACUCUGACGUCAUCUACGGGUUUCUUGUCGUUUCUAGUCCCUUCAUCUUUUUCUUCUCAGACGGCCUUUAGGGAAGCCGCUUAUGACUCGUUAUUUUUCAUCUUCCACAGUAUUAUAUUUACCUGUCUAAAAAGUCUCGCAGGUGAAAGCCGGCGUGACGAUCUUAUCGAUCUUCUUCCCCCCUCCAACGAAUAAAACAAAAAUCGAACAAAAAUAUGAAUUGUUUUCUCUCUUGUUGUUGCAGGAACAUUUCUGAUAUCGAUCAAGUCGGGACGGGACGGGCGGAGUGGUUCGUGCAUGUGUUCUUAUUAUAUUGAAUAUAUGGAAAGUAGAGAAUAAUCCAGGUGAGCGCCGACAGAGAGAAAGGUGGGCCAUAUUGGAUAGCAGCAUUUGGCAUUCAGCACAGUUUUUUAUUUUUUCAACGGGGCUCGGUCGACACAAAGGCUUAGGUGGUACUUGCUGUUCUUUUUUACCUAUGACGCAAUUACGUGAAUCGUAAAAAAAGAACAGAUAAAACGAGGUCGCCUUUCACCUCUAUUGAAAUUGCACGCGUCUUUGACAGAUUGGAACAAACGAAAUUCAAUGGAAAGAAAAACCUUUUGGUCGAUGGAUUGCCAAUUGUACGUAUGUACACCUUCAGAGACCAGUCCCGGAGCAGCAGGUUUUUCUUUUAUCUGAUAAUAAAACCUGGACAAGAAAGAAAGAAAUAAGAUGUAUAAUAUACACGUAAGCGUGUUGAUAAUCAAACAACAUAGUCUUGAUUGUCUACUGAACUUUUGCUCCUGCUGUUAUGUACCAAUGAAUUUUCUGGGCGCGGUGUUGUGUGUAUCAACUACUAUCAGCUUUGAGGGUUUUCGAGUUGUUCUCUUGUGUGUAUGUGGAAAUAAUAUCCUGUGUCCCGGAGACCGUUGACCUACAGCGGAGAAACACGUCGUGACACGUGCACCCGCCCUCGUAACAAGAAGAGAGAGAGAAAGAAACAACAUAUUUAUUUUUUUAAAACUUGCCACAUGUUUCUUUUUAUGUUUUUUGAAAGUCCGACUUGUUGUUUAUUAGAUUAAAAACGUUUCAGUCGUGAAGAAGAAGAAGCGACCUCCAACAUUUUUAUUUCGUUUCCAGACGAGAGAAUCCCGUUUUGAAAAUCAAAAGAGGAUUUCACUAGAGACUAGACAACGCGGUGACAUUUGAUGUAAAUAACAAUAUAACCUUGGCAACUUAUACUAUUCUAGCUAUCCAACUAUCGUUUCGAAAUUAUUAUCGUCAUUUGUUAAAAUCAUGUAUGUGACAGUUUCUAAAUCGUUCGAAUUUCACCCGGCUGGCUAUUGGCUAGGAAGUUUUAAUCCGUCGCUUAAUUACCCCACAUUCAAUCGAAAUUAAUUGUUUGACGUUAUAAGAAGAGAGAGGAGGGGGGCGAAAGGUCCUUGACGUAAGCAACUUUAAGCAACUAGAAGUUUCCCGUUGAGUACACUCACGUCGACGAUAUUUUACCAACAGACUACUUUUCCGCGACAUCAUUACAGGAUUAUCAUUCUUUUCAUGAACAAUCGACAGUUAAAUUAUUUCCAAUCUAAACCCAAUUGAAAUACAUAACCAUUAAUCAAUUAAAGUUGAUGUCUUUCAUUUUUUCCAGUCGGUUGUGCAUCGAUUGGUACGGAGGAUGAAAUUAGGAAGACUCGGUUGUAGUUUUUGAUAGUACGCCUCCGGGUUCAGUUGGGAGGUGGGGAAAAGCCCAACGCAAGCGCCCUCUCCGGCUAGUUGAGUGUAACGCAAGUCGCGCAUCUGUUGUUGUGUGUUUGUUGUGCGUUAGUGUUUUCUGUGUCUCGGGAAAAAAAAAGUAAAAAGAAAAAAAAGAGACAAAACGUACCCGUGGAUAAGAGACA